AUGGGUUCCGAGGAAGACAAGAAACUGACUAAGAAACAGCUCAAAGCUCAACAGUUCAGAAAAAGUAAGGAGGAGAAAGAUCAAGAGAAAGAGGUAAGUCUAGAGCAAGGGCAAGAGGGAAAAAGACCUAAUAGUGAAGCCGCAAAUGAUGGUGAAGAACCCGUGAAGAAAAAGAGAAAAACUCGUAGAGGCCGUGGUGGAAAAGGUAAAAAUGGGAAGAAGGGAAACAGAUUUAUCGUUUUCGUCGGUAGUUUACCGAGGGAUAUCACCGCUGCUGAAUUACAGAGUCAUUUCAAGAACAGUUUGCCGGACCAGAUCCGUCUAAGAGCGGACAAGGGUAUUGCCUUUUUGGAAUUCGACGCUGAUAAGGACCGUACCGGCAUUCAAAGACGUAUGGAUAUCGCCUUGCUGCAACACGGGACCUUGCUGAAAGAGAAGAAGAUUAACGUGGAGCUAACCGUUGGCGGAGGUGGUAAUAGUCAAGACCGUCUGGAAAAACUGAAAAAUAAGAAUGUCAAAUUAGACGAAGAGCGUAAGGAGAGGUUGACAAAGAUGAUCAACGAUGGCAAUCAAAAAAAGAUGGCUAGAACAACCGCUGCUGCAGCCACCACGGCGACAUCUGGAACGGACAAGCCUGUUCCUUCAGGGAUUCAUCCCGAUAGAGCCAAGUUACUCAAAUAA